AAAAUAAUAACAAAAAGUGCUGUAAAUUAUUUUCGCAUGAAUUAACAACCGUUCGUGUUUUAUAUUACUGCAUAAAUAUUUUUAGUUUAGUUUGUUUUUAAUUAUCUAAAGCGCAGUGGCGUAGUUGUUGUAAACAAAUAAGCUAAAAAAUACUGGUUUUGGUGCAAAUUAUGCAAAUUUUUUGCAACAACAACAAUCAUAUAAUAACGAAUAUACACAAGUGUCAGUUUGUUGACUUUUGCAUGUGCAUGUGUGUGUGUACAGAAUUAAUUACUAAAGCCACUAAAGAGUCGAAGUAAAACGGGCGUUACUUGGCGCUUCGGGCAAAACAAAGUGAGACGACAAAGGAAACGAGGAGGCGAGAGAAGCUGUAUAAUCAGCUUACAAGAGCACAACACGACAUUUGGCCAAACGAACAAUACCAAACCAACGAGCGACAAACGAACGCCUAAGCGCUGCACCAACGCUGAUAAUGAGCAAUGAGUUGCAAUGAUGAAAUGAUGAAAUGACGGGGCGCAAUGCUGCUGACCGAAACGGAAAAGCAAAAAAAUCUAAGUAACUGUAAAAAAAUUUGAAAAAAGUUGGAAGCAGUUGAGACUGAAAUGAGCCCACUUGCAUACGGAUAUGCGCCGAUGAGUGAGAGUAAAGUAUAAUUGAGCGCAGCAAUAGAUGAAUAGACAGUCGGCUGCGAUUACAAGUCAAUGAGUGGCGACAAAAAAACACGAUUGGGCAACUGGAAACUACGCGACAAAAACGACAGUAAACAAGAAAAAAGUAGUAAACGGAAGCGCUGGCCCCAAAAGCACGCAAAUGAAAGUGUAAACGAACGACAAAAAAAAAAACUAAACGAAAUUCAAAACGAAAACAAAAGCAGAGGCGAAAACUUAGCCGCAUAAUCUUGCCAGUACCAAGUACCCAGAACCUAGAGAAACUUUCGCGUGCGGCGACCGGGCGAAAUUCGCAUUUAGUACCUUCGGUCCAAUCAACAGCCACACGAGUUGGCAGAUCGCGUGCAACGCAGCCAUUUCGUGCCAACGCUACUCAGCCAACAAAGCGCUGGCAGACAAGCGGUAAUUACGACGGUUACACGUUUGGUGCGAAAGUGGUGAUUUGCGCGCAUGCGCAGUGUCCAAUAAAUCGCAACAAUAAUACGAAAAUACGCGCAAAAGCGACAAAAACUGAAAAAAAAUCAACGUUAAUAACGAAAAUUCAAAAUCAUAAUGGCUGUGCAAAAUCAGAACUUGCCACCAAAAUCACCGCAUUUGACCGCAAAAACCGCCACAGACGCCACAACAACAAACACACAUACGAACGCCACACAACCGUUGGCGAAAACACGCACGAAAUUCGGUCAAGCGGCAGCAGCAGCAGCAGCUGCAACUGGAGCCGCCACCGAAUUGGGGCAUAACACACAAGUAUCGGGUGGCGCAGGUGGUGCUUCGAUGAUGCCAACGCCAGCGGGCGCAGCGGCGCCGACAGCAGUUCCGAAUGGUGGUCCGCGCGUGUCAUUCAAUCGGGAUGUGCAUGUUAAACGAAUCGGAAAACAUCCAAACGAACUAACGAAUUACGAAACAACUAAUUUACAACCACCACAAAAGACCAUACCAUCGUACCACCAACUGCCCGCAGACCUCUCCGAAGAGAGCAUACGCAAAGAAGCCGCUUUGGUACUCGCACAAGCCGAACGUCAUAAGAGCAAAGCCGAGAACGGCGAUAAUAUACCCACAUUUAAGGUACGUACAAAACGUAGCGGUGAUCCGAACCCCAAGAAGUUCCACUCAUUACCCACACGCAAAAAGAAGUCGCCCGCUAAGCCAGUAUCGCGCAGCGUAAGUGACGCAGCUGCCAAAAAGAACGCGAAACGGCCAUCAAUAUUCAAUAUCUUCAGUCGACGUAGCGAUACGAAUGUCAAUCAGGUGGACCGUGAUCCACGAUUCGAAGACAGCGGCGGUCGACGUUUAGUACGUAGCAAGAGUGAUGUUGGCUCUUACAAUAAAGAAGAGCGUAAAUACAAGAAAUCUUUGAAGGAACCCAAAUCUAACGCUGCUGCACAGGGUGGACUGCAGACAUUGAACAGCUCCAGUAAGCAACAGCUUAUCAACACACCACUCAGUCCCAUAAUUGAGAACGCGCAGAAGGAGGACUAUUUUGCAGAGCAAUUCAAUAGGGAGCGUCGCAAAUCGGAGGCUAUAACUGAGCGAGAAAAGCAUGAGAGUGGACUGAGUGAACUGCUCGAACGCAGUCGCAGACAAGCUGAAGAGGACGAUAAUAUUUUGGGCAAAGGCCAUAUAUCACACGCGAUACGCGAUAAAAUACUAAGCUUACAAUCCAAAUCACAAGACAAUAUGCAUAGUUCACAGUUGCCGGCACAAAAGUUGCCGCUCACCAAAGGUGUCACCGUGAAUGGCUUAGCGAAGCGUUUGUCAAUGGAACGCUUCUCACCACCACCGCCACUCUCCGGUCCAGCCUUCUCAUAUAUACGCCCCAAUGAAGGCAUUAUGUAUGCGCAGUUGGAUCAUAAUGAAGAUGAAAAUCGCUAUCGUCGCGAGUACAUACACUCGCCCAACAGGGAAUUGCGUACACCCUUGCGUGAAUAUCGUUCACCGGCACGUGAUAUACGUGAUAUGCGCUCACCGGAACGCGAGCUGCAAACACCCACAAAGACGCUGAGCCGCCAGUCAGUCGACCGCACUGACUUCACUACUAGUCAAAACAAUCUUAAGAAUGCCUACAACUACAAUACGCAUAACGGUCGUAUCGGAAACGGCAAUGGCAGUCGCAUUAUUAUUGAACAAUCGACGACGCGUGCCUCGCCAGGCACAUAUGGAUCACCUAACGGCCAGGUAGGUCCAACGACUAUACGCAUCACAAACUCGCACUCUCCAUCACCAUGGCAACAGCUCAGUCCACGUAAUUUGAGCGAUGAGGACGAAGGAUUGGGCAUUGAAACACGAAAAUACUACGAAGACGAGUCUACAGCGUUGACACAAUCGCGCAGCAGCAAAUCGCCCGCUGAACCACCAAUUGUACCGGUCAUACGUAGCAUUACGCCGACGAUCGAAAAUGACUAUGACACGCAUGGCUAUCAAUCGCCGACACGUGAUGAACCUAUGAAUGAUAUUGGAUAUCGACGUGCGCGUCUUGAGUCGCGCAUACUAACGCGACGUUUCGGUGAGCCGACGACAUUGGAACGUAAUGGCUACCACCGUGAUGUGGAAACCUCACCGGAACGCUUCGAACGCAAUGGUUAUCAACGUGAUAUAGGCGCAUCACCAGAACGUAAUAGAGAAGUACGCGAGCAGUCCGCAUAUCAGCGCUACCUCAGUCCCGAACGCGAGAGAGAGUCAUAUGAACCACGCUUCCAUAAAAUGGAAACUUCGGAAAUAUUAAAUAAAUAUUCGCCGGAACGUUCACAUCUGGAUAUCAUCGCACCAACAACGGUGCCGGUUACAACACCAUUGAUGGAGAAAACGUCUCGUUAUAAGCACACAAAAUACUAUGACGACGGACGUGGCGGUGUAAAAGAAGUUUAUGAACGGGAAACACACUUGGAUGCCGAUGGAAAACCACAUGUACGCGAGACACGUCACCGUGAACGCAUGGACGGCUCUAUGGAACGUCAGCAACUGCAGGACUAUGAGCCGAAGAGCUUGGAUUCACAGCUAACAAGCACAGAUCAAUAUCGCUCCUCACCCGAAAAUAUGAAACGUUAUGAAAUGGGCACGGCACACACACAAGAUUGGCAUGGCAGCAGUUUGAAGCGUGACAAGCUCCAACAGCGCAGCUUCGACAAGGGAGACUCCGGUAUUGAGAAUGACUUCCGCAAGGAAUCCUUCAAUGGCGAGCUCACAUCCAGAUGGCGCAAACGCACCAUUGCCGACGACAUAAAAGCCUGUGAGGCUUUCCUGCGUAAGGAGCGCCGUCACAUCGAGCAGCUGCAUGUCGCACGGCGUCGAGAUAGUUAUGUCUACCGCGAACGUUCCAUCGAUGAUGGCUCACAUUACGAUCCACACUUAGACAAAUAUCCCGCUGCAACGAGUACGCUGCGACGCAAGGAUCAACAGUCACAGACGGCCGGCACGGAGACGCUGAAACGCAACAAAAAGCUCGGCGGUUUCGAGAAGGUGAAGCAACUCUUCACCGGCGGCAGUGGCGGCGGUGGCGGUAGCGGCAGCGGUAGCGAAGGUGGCAAGUCGGGCAAGAAGGAUGGCGACCGACAAGCGCGCGGCAACAGCAGUACCGCCACCAGCAGCAGCGUGCAGACCACAAGAACGGGCACAGCCAAAGACAAAGACAGCAGUGGUGGCGAGAAGGAACGCCCUCGUUACAUGGUGAAAGAGGAGGAGAUGCGUUCGCGUUACAGUGAGCAUCGCGGAAGUGCCGGUUCGGCUGCGUUAGCAGCAAUGCUGCACGAUGACGCGUUGCGCGAACCAAAGGCCACGGAUAUCUCGAUGCGUCGACGUCUGUCUACACCCAAAGCUAGUCCAUUGCUGCUCAAGCGUACCUCAUCCGACAAGCCGAAGAAGGAGUCACCACUCGCUAAGCCCGAGAAAGUCAGCUGGUUCAAGUCAUUGGACAGGCGCUCGAAGAGCAAAUCAAAAGAAAAGCUUGAUGUUUCGGUUAACGGACAGAGCGAGUCCUCAACAAUGAAACGUACGAAGAAUUCGGCGCGUACUAGCACAGCGCCACCACCCAUACCACCCAAAAACUUGCGUUUCUUUGGAGAUACGGAUAUAGACUCGAAUCCGCCGACUAUAACCAAAGCUAAUACUACACUCAAACAACGCCCCACUGUAGCAACCACAUUGAAUCGGUCGCAAAAAUACUCACAGAGCGCUUAUAAUUUGGACCGCCUCAAUAGCAAUCCCACACAAAGCGACUAUCGCCGUCACCUCUCCGCUGCCACACAAACGACUGGUGGUGGUGUUGGCGCUUCACGCCACAAAAGUUCUUCGAUGCAUAAUUUGGAAAAUGGCGGUGAAGUGGGCGGCGAUGAAGUCGAUUUCCGCAAACGACGACACUACUCACGCUCACGUGAUCUGGACGAUAUAUCGGAGAGUGGGUCCGAAACUGAAGAUCAACACAAACGUCCCAACGGUGGCGUUGGCGGUGCGCGCACCUUGUCACGUGAACGUUUGGAUCGUUCGCAUCGGUAUGAUGAUCACACUUAUCGACGUAGCAACGAUCGUCACGGCACGCCUUUGGCCAUGUCCACAUCAACGCCGAAUGGCAUUGAUGCAGGUGGCAAUGAGAGAGAAGUCAGACGAACUCAUCAUCACCACUUGAUAGGACCACCAAAACCGGCACGUAGUGCUGAACGCCGUGGCACAUCUGCUUACUCGAGAGAACGUGACCGCUUUCCGGCCGAGAGCUCGGGUACUGAAGGCGAAUCCAGUUUACACAGUCAACGCAGUGUCGUCUAUUUGCAUGCCACGACAGUCGGUGCCAUACCACAGCCAUAUCACUUGAGACGUCGUUCCAUAUCACGUGACGAUCUGCGCUCGAACAAGAGCAAACCUCAACCGUUACAGCCGAUGACACGCACCGUCUCACGCUCUGUGUCGAUGUUGGCGCCAUGGAAACCGAAGCUCAUUAGCGAAGGUUACGAAAUCAAUUACUCACAAGAGCAAAACAAACGAAUGGCGACAAUGCCGCGAAAGCCGCACAUGAGCAGUACGAGCACGCUCACACGUACCAGUAAGAAAUCGGAGACGCCCACUACGCGCACACUACGUCGACACGAUCAUCUCAAGGACGAUCAAUCUUCGUUGCGGCACUCCUCCACCACGAGCGCCUCGAAGUCGGCACUUUCGUCAAAUAUACGCAGCGGCGAUGGACGACGAAAGCUCAAGUAAAGCACAUCGUGCGGCGUAAUUGUGGAGCGACAUGCAUGUCGCUUGCGGAAGCUCGGUAGUACGAGUGCGGGGGGCGUAUAUUAACCAAACUAGAAUUAUUUAACUGCAGGAAAUAUUUUAGCUUUGAGUUGAAAUGUUGCGAAACGUUCAAUUGAAAUAAUCAACACACACACACGCGUGCAUACGAAAAUCUUUUUUUUUUUGUGCAUUGCAAGAGCGCGAAAAGCUUUCGGCUGUGUGUCGCAAUUGGUGCUCUUCGUUUAACAAAAGCGCGCAUGUCGCAGCGCUUAAGCCAGCACAUACACACACGCGCAUAAUUCUAAUAUUUUUAGUUGUUUUAAGUGCCUUCUUCUAAAACCCCCCUCCUAAUCUUUAUGCAUAACAACGAAAGCUUAUCACUUAGCUUUUAAGCACAAAUAUGUAAAUGAGUGCGCACACAAGUUAAUUCUAUGCAAUAAAUACAGUGGCCAAUAUACAUACAUACAUACAUACGUACAGAUAUGCAUACUAUAACGGUAGUUAUGUAAAUAAGUGUUACCGUUACAUUGUCGAGUGUGUUAAUUAUAUGUAAUGUCCCCUAACGCUGCUCUCUAAGCCUCUACUCUCCCUGUUUGUAGAAGGUAUGUAUGUAUGUGUUGUGUUUUCUGAAAUUGUCAAGCUAAUUUAAUUAAUGAUUUGUUUAGUAUUUAAGUGCCAGUUAAUAUUAAAGCAAAUGAUAUAUAACUACAAUACUAAUAAAUCGUACUUAAUUCGUUUCUAAUACAUUUAAUUUACGUACCAUUUUUAUAAUGGACUCUUGUAAACUGUAUAAUUCUUGCGAAAUAAAGGAUGUGAGAUGGGAGUGUAAUAAAAUUAAAA